AUGAGACCUAACAGAUUCAUCUCCUCAGAUUCAGUCUUCAAAUUUGUUCUCCCUCCAUUAGAGUCUGUGAAUGAUCUGACCAUUCAUGUUCCUGUUAACAAUGCUAGCAAGAGUUGGGUAAAUCUCUUUGCUGAUAAUAGAAAACCUAGUACUAGUUUGGAAUUGAAUUAUGUGACACCAGUGGAUAAGGAUGCUGUGAUUUUUGAAGAUGAUGAGUGGAAUGAAUGUGCUUCUAUUUGGCAAUUUUCACUUAUAGGUCAGGUAGUGGGGCUUAAUGUCAAAUACAAGGCCAUGGAAACAUUUGUUCAUAAGGUGUGGGCUCAUUUGGAAAUUCUAGAUGUUUGUCUUCUUUGGGAUGGAGUAUACAUGUUCAAGUUUAAAAAUAAGAAAGAAAUGUGUGGAAUACUUGAGAACGGACCCCGGUUUUUUGGGUCUAGACCUCUUCUUCUAAAACCCUGGACAAUUGAUGAAGAAUUUGAUAGAUAUAAAGAUAACACCUAUCCUAUGUGGAUACAACUGCCUGGUUUGAGACUAAAUUUGUGGAAUGCUAAGAGUAUUAGCAAAAUAGUUAGUGUCAUUGGUAGGCCAAUUACCACUAACAAGCUUAUAACUAAUAGGCAAAGAUUAGCAUAUGCCAGAGUCCUAGUUAAAGUGAAAAUGCCCUCACCUCUUCCUGAUCAAAUCUCAAUUCAGGGACCAAAUGGUAAAAUCUUCUCUUAG